GCAAAUAAACUAUUUUAUGCAUUAUAUAACAAGCAAGAAAUCUUUCUUACAAAAAGCAAUUUCUUUUUAUGCCAUAGGUUGAACAACUGCAUUCAUAAAAUGGUUCCUCUUACCAGCUAUGUAACUAUUGGAAUAUUUUUUUUGUUUAGUCGGAUAGGCGAUUCUAAUUUAUCAGAAAUUACUCCGCGUAUUAUAAAUGGAACCUUUGCUUGCCCAGGACAAUUCCCAUUUAUGGUCUCCAUUCAACAUAAAAAGUCACAUAAAUGUUGUGGUACAAUAAUUAAGACCAAAUGGAUUCUUACGGCAGCUCAUUGCAUAAUUUGCCCCUCUAUUGCUAGUUGUCCCAUAAAUUUGUCUGAAAUUCGUGUAGUAUAUGGUUCAGUUCAAUUAUAUGAAGAAGGAAUGGGUGAAAAUUUAUUUGUGGAAGUUGAUCAACUCAUUCCACAUGAAGAUUUUGAGAAGCCAGAUGGUUCCCUUUCUGAACAUGAUAUUGGUCUUAUUAAGGUAAUUUGUGAUCAAAAUGAUUUAUAAUAAAUAACUGGUUCACUAUAUAAACUUAGUAGAUUGCUAAUUAUGUGCAUAUGAACAGAAGACUAAGCCAGCAGGUUCCCAAAUGGUGGAAGGGUCACAGGGGUUCCGAGGGAUUCUAAUAAAAAUAUACAAAAUUGUGGGAAAACCAACCAUUCUGUAUUUAACGGUAACAACAAUAGCAUAUUUUUCAUGACCAAACCAGUAACAAAAGGUCAAACCCUAACCCAUUUUAUGAUAGGGACAAGUAGCGGUAUUUUUGUGAAAGAAAUGUACUUAGAUGCUAGAUGAGAGGAUAGACAUUAGGAUAUAUCGUGUACGUUUAUUUAUUAUUAUUAUUAUAUGCGCUUAUACAAAAUAGUGUAAAAAUGUGUAUUUUAAAACUUUUACUUUUUUAUUGAGAUGGGGUUCCACCAAAAAAACGGUGAGUCAAAAAGGUUUCCGCGGAAAAGAAAAAUUGGGAACCGCUGGCCUAAGCGUUUCAAUUUUUGAAGUACUUGCACCGUGUUACUAUUACAGCUAGAAAAGCACCUAAAACUGAAUGAAUUUGUGAAGCAAAUUCGGCUAACUGUCCGUGAAACAGUUUAUCCUG